AUGGCAGUGGAGCCGGGGCAGGAUGAGCUGGAAGCCAUCGAGGUGGAGCUGCGUAGCGAACCGCGGUUGCAGAAGGCACACCCCGUCAACGGCAUCCCGGCGUCGUGCAGGCGCGUGAAGCUGUACGAGAUUUAUUCGUCGAACGUGGGUUCCGCUGGAUACGGGAAUAUCGAUACGCAGGAUACAUGGGUGGACAAGGGCACGGGAUAUUGCCAUAUCAAGGAGCCUACCGACCAGGGAAGCCCGCAGAUAGUCAUCGAGCUCGAGCAGGAGGGGAUGACCGUGGUGGUCAUCUCUAACAUCUUGUACAACACGAACUACUCAUCGCAAAAUGACUCCAUCAUCAUAUGGCAAGAAGGAGGGGAAGGCCGGCUCUACAGGGCGCUCUCAUUUCAGAACGUGGUGGGGCACAAGUCGUUUUGGACGUAUAUCAGCGGCCUAGUCGACGAGCAAUGCAUACAGUCGAGCGACCGCGACGGCGGCAGCGGUUCCGAGACGGAACUCGAUGGCGACGGGGAUGGCGGCUCUGGCAGCGGAUCCGGGCAGAACGGCUCGAGCUCGCCAAACGAGUCGAGCAAAUUUAAUGUGAUGUACCGCGUCCUGCCCGUGCCCACCGUCGGCGAGCUGCGCAAACUGGAGACCACGCUCGACGCGAUGCUGUCACAGAACUCGGUGUCCGAUAUGGUGUACAUGGAUCUUUUGGACAAGCGGUGGCUUAUGGAGACAUUUGCUAUAAUGCGCAACUGCGUGGAAAUAGAGGACCUGUCCACCCUGUCGGCAAUAGCGGCGAUCAUGUCGAGGCUCAUCCUGAACUGGUGCGGGAACCUGGAGCUCAUGCACGUUUUCGUCAGCGACGAGAUGUUCAUCGAUCUCCUGCAGGCGUUCGAAUACGACGCAGAGCUCCUAUCGCAAAAUAUAAGCUUAGAACACGUCAAGUUUUUUCGACAACACGUCAAACACCACGACGUCAUCAUGCUGGGGAACCCCGCAUUUUACAGACUGGUGCACUCAAGCUACCGCAUCGAGUACCUCAAGGAUGUUGUGCUGCCCAGGCAGCUGGACGAGUUCUCCAUUCAGCGGCUCAACACCGUCCUGUUCUCGAACACCAACGAGAUCCUCAACAUACUGUCCAGCGACGGUCGGGGCUUCGUGGAGUCGCUGAAGGAGCAGCUUCCCCAUAAGUACAUGGCGGCUUUGCUCCUGCGCGAGCUCCUGGGGGCCGCCAGGUGCUCGCAGGGUGUAAACCAGCCGGAUCGCAUCUCGCUGUUGCUGUUGGUUAAGCACAGCCAGCUUCUCAUCGAGCUCAUUGGGUACCUGGACGGUACCGCCCCAGCGUGUCGCGACUUCAGGGAGCACUUACUGCCGAAAAACGAAUCCAUGGACCGCGAAUACACGGCGCUAAAAGGCGCACUUGCACGGAUGCAAGAUUACAGACCCGACCUGCUCGGCACUCGUCGGCAUGGGCUGAUGGACCCCGUCUCACUCGCCGUUGAGAUAUUCAACUUGUGCCUGGAGGUGUUCCCGUCCAUCGUAAGGACGGCAGUUUUCGCUGACGCGGAAGCGAAGAGCGAGCCAUCGCUCCUGUUUGCGCUCUGUGACGUAAUCGCUACCAACCCGGAUGGGGGAGUGCAGGCACAGACACGUGACAUAUUCCUCCGGCUGCUGGACCCGAAAAAUAUGGACCUGCCGGAGAAGGACGAGAUGUGUUCGCUGUUUUACGACAACGGGGUGCUGGACAGGCUUAUUGAGCGGGUGUUCGGAGAUAACGUUCCCGACUCCCCCACCAUCCGAGUGGCCAAAGUGCACGCAAUGGAGCUCCUGUCACUCUGCGCGCGCGAGCACAGACACAGGUUCAAGUUGCGCGUUCAGAGCCACAAGUUGCCGCUGCGAGUGUUGGCGAGUUCGCUGAGGCCGUUUGACAAGUUCGUCACGGUGGGAGCCAUGAAGUUCCUCCACGUGUGCAUCAAGAUGAAGGACAUGAGCGUAGAACGGCACAUCAUAAAGUACGACGUUCUGAGGCCGGUUUUCUGGAUCCUGAAGACCAAAAUCAGCGCCGGGAGGGACGGGGGGUCGAUGCUGGAAAGCGUCUGCCUCGGCAUCCUCAGCACCAUAGACACGUGGGCCCUGGAUGGGCUCGUGGAAUGGAUAUUCCAGGACCCCGUUUGCAGCACCCUGUUCGAAGACCUCAAGCGCGCGUACUCCCACUGCUGUGAAAACUUUGUUUUCAACAACCUCGAGAGGAUGUACAACUACUCCAGGUCCGGCGGGAUGAGCAACAAGAAACGACACGUGAUAGUGGACCCAGAUCGAUGGUUCGAGGAGGACGACGAAGAGGAGGUCGAGCCCAUCAAACGGCACAUCAUUAACAUAUCGGGCAGCCUGGUUGAUGGCUACGACGAUGACGACUACACAGGAGACAUAGACCUAGCAGACAUCACCGCCACCGCGCCGGGGGCCUCCUCGCCGCUUCUACGGCCCGCAGACAUGGAACCCUGGGGGCACGAUAGCACGGAGCGCGCGAAAGACGAGGCUGAAGACGUGUUCGAGUUCAGUUUCAAGGGCAACAAGGCCACCAAGAUCAACGUCUUCCUCGACACCUGUCGCAAGCAACCCUCCGCGGGCGGCAAGAUCGCCAACGAUUUUGUGCUUGACUCUAGCGAAUAA